UUUUGAGGUUUUCUUAAAUACAAAGGAAGAACAGAAUAGAAUAUGUCUUCCCGAAAAAAAGUACUUUUAAAGGUGAUUAUUUUAGGAGAUAGUGGUGCUGGAAAAACAUCUCUUUUAAAUCAAUAUGUCAACAAAAAGUUUAGUAAUCAAUAUAAGGCAACUAUCGGUGCGGAUUUUCUUACAAAAGAAGUGAUGGUAGAUGAUCGUAUUGUAACUAUGCAGUUAUGGGAUACAGCGGGUCAAGAGCGUUUUCAGUCAUUAGGGGUUGCUUUUUAUAGAGGAGCAGAUUGUUGUGUUCUUGUCUUUGAUCUUGGAAAUUCUAAGUCAUUUGAAGCACUUGAUUCUUGGAGAGAUGAGUUUUUUAUACAAGCAAGUCCUCGUGAUCCUAGUUGUUUUCCAUUUGUUUGUAUUGGAAAUAAAUGUGAUAUCGAGGAAAGUAAAAGAAUGGUUCCGCGUAAACGUGCUCUUUCUUUCUGUCAGUCAAAAGGAAAUAUUCCAUAUUUUGAAACAAGUGCAAAAGAAUGCACAAAUAUAGAUGAGGCAUUUCUACUUAUUGCAAGGAUUGCACUUUCUAUGGAAAACGAAGAUGAAUAUGUUUCUGAAUUUCCGGAUCCCAUUCAAAUCAAUCUUGAUUCUGAAAAGCCUGGUUGUGCAUGUUAA